AUGUCGAGCAGUAGUGAAAGUACCGAAACAGUUCAAAGAAAUAGUGUUGUCGUUAAAGUUGGUAUGGUGGGUGACUCACAGAUCGGUAAAACAAGCUUAAUGGUUAAAUACGUAGAAGGGUCAUUUGAUGAAGACUACAUUCAAACAUUGGAAAUAACGUUCAGUAUAUGGGAUCUUGGUGGUCAGCGAGAGUUUGUAAACAUGUUGCCUUUGGUAUGCAAUGAUGCUGUCGCCAUUCUUUUUAUGUUUGAUCUAUCACGGAAGUCCACGCUAAAUAGUAUUAAGGAAUGGUACAGACAAGCGAGAGGUUUUAAUAAGACUGCGAUUCCAUUUUUAGUCGGAACAAAAUAUGAUCAAUUUGUUAAUUUUUCAAAUGAAGAAAAAGAAGAAAUAACAAAACAAGCACGUCGCUUUGCUCGUGCGAUGAAGGCUCCAUUGAUUUUUUGUUCAACUUUACAUUCGAUUAAUGUGCAAAAAAUUUUUAAGAUCGUUCUCUCUAAAGCGUUUGAUCUUAAAUGCACCAUUCCAGAAAUCAAAGAUAUUGGUGCUCCUAUAUUAGAGUAUAAUGCGGCUUCUUGA